AAAAAAUCAGGCGAUUUUUUUCAAUAUGCUACGAAAGACGGAACUUUUCAUCGUGACUAUUUUUGCAUUAACAAGUCGGUCAAAAGAAUAUUUGAACCCAGAAUGACAUUUCAGGACGAAAGCCUGUACUUAUAAAUUGUAUUAUUUGUUUAAAUUAUGUUAAACUUGUAUGUCCUUGUAUAAAUUAAUGUUCAUUUCGUUCAUUUAAAUGUCAUGCUCUUGUCUAAGAUCAGUUUCUUUUGUGAUCGAAUUUCUUGUUCACCUGUUUUUCUUAAUAAUUGACCUUUAAUAAUAAGAAUUGUAAUUACCUUCCUCUGGCCGGCAAUCGCUAUAUUAAAAUCAAAGGACCGACCAAGAGAGAAACAUAAUGAUCUUUCCCAGCGACCUAACAAUUUGAAAUAAGUUUGAGAAAUAUAGAAUUAACAAAGCCAUGAAAACUUUGCUAUAUUUGUGCGUAUUUUCAAUCAACGUCCACGUGAUUUUUACCUGUACCUGUGUAGGAGUACCGACCAAUGGAUGCGAUUCAGAAUAUUCCAUCCUAGGAUUUGUCUUAAGAGAACGAGGGAUCGGGACAGCCCCGAAUGAUGAAAUCAUAUACACUGUCCGUGUACUUCAUGUUUAUAAGGCUCCCGGAUUUCUGCCAAGGACAGUACAAAUAAGGGCUUAUGUUGAAGGAUCAUUAUGUGGAUUGCGCCUGAGACAAAGACGAGUUUACGUCAUAUCCGGAUAUACAGAUGAGUCCAGACUGAGAACAAACGCGUGCGCAUACACACGAGCUUGGGAUGAGAUUCCAGCAUCAGAGCUGGGGAACCUGUUUUGUCGGAGAUCUUAAUUUGC